ACAGAUGCAGUUACUUUGUGUAAGUUUGUCCCGACUUUGGAGAAAGAACAUCCGAAGAGUUGAUGCUGAGCUUCUGUUGAGUUACAUUCUAGUGUUUUAUUGGUUUUAUUUCCUGGCACUAAUCGGUGUGUUACACCUGUACACUUUAUUUGUGCAGGUUGCAAAUGAACCCAGGUGGUGUUUAAAAAUAAAACGGAAGCUUCACGAAGUAAAAGCCACGGUUUGUUCCACGGUUUGUUCCACGGAGUACUCCACGGUAGCCACAGCUUCCUACUGUGGAUGAUGGGAAUGUGUGGCUUCGUGUGUUGUGUAGUUCAGUGAGUCACCGCUUGUGUAUCCAUGUGUGCGUUUGCCUGUCUCUACAUGUCCGUGUCAGUGCUGCCCGGGACGGUCCACAGCCUGUGUUACUGUGUUACUGUGGGGAAGUCAUGAGUGCUGCAGCUGGCGUGAGGAAGCUACGCGGAUUGGCCGCAAUGUGUUUUUUCUGCUUUUUCUUGUGAAGGGAGGAGGAGUGUCCGGUUAGGGGAACAUGAUCUUCCUCACACUGUGAACUCGGAGGAGUCCAAACUGGACGGAGACGAGACUUCAGGAGGACAAUGUAAGUGAUCACGGAGGAACUGAGGAGGGAUCGGCACAUCUGCUACAUACACUCACUCAUUCAGACGUCAUUCACAAUUCCUCUAGUGAUGGAUGGAAGUCUGGUCUGCCAGAGGUCCACAGUACAGAACUGUGGAGGCUGAACAAUAGAAGAAGAUCACAGUCAGCAUUAACACUGGAUCGAAGGACAGCCGGUCAGAGUGUAGAGAGGGAGCCUCGCGUGCAGUGGGAAAUACUUCCACAGUGUUGGAGCCACAGCUGUGGAAGCUGCUGAGCGCCUGAGUUUGUGUUGCAUGUUUGGAGCAGGGAAGCAUCAGGUCUGCUGACCUGAGAGAACACGCUGGGGUUGGUGCAGCAGCUCACACAGAUAACAUGCCAACAGGCACCAACGCUGCACUAGUGAUGGCUGGAUUCAUGCCACUGUGCACCGUCUCAGCACAACGUUUAGCAACUAAACCGUUCAGCUUCAGACUCGCCUACAUUUUCUCAUAUAACCUGUUCCAGUUCUGUGGCCACACGUGGAUACUGGCUAACACUGUCGCCAGGUUUCUUAUGUUUGGCCAAGAUGCUUUGGCCGACACCUUUUACUCUGUGGGCUUUGUGAUGAGUCUCUGCCAGCUGCUCUCCGUUCUGGAGCUUUUCCACAUUGCAGACGGCAUCGAGAAAGCCCGACUCCUUCCUCGCUUCAUCCAAGUUAUGGAGAAGAACCUUCUGUUGAUUAUGAUCAUCAUGCUGGAGGAGCUGCAGAGUAAACCGGUGGUGUGUGUGCAGCUCUUCUUCUGGAACGUCCUGGACCUCCUCCGGUAUCCUCACGAGCUGCUGUGUAUCAUGGAGGAGCCGUCCAUCGCCAUGCUGUGGACCCGCUACACGCUCUGGAUCCCCUUAUACAUCCUCACAGUCAUUGUUGAAGCUGCCACCAUCUAUCAGGCCCUGCCUUAUGUGGAGCAAACGGCCUCCCAGUCGUGUGCACUCAACUCAACAACAGCUCCAAACAGCCACCUCCCCGUGGUCCUGGCGCUCUACCUGCCCGUCCUCACUCUUGGAGCCUCGCUCACAGUGGGGCAGCUGCUGCAGGAGAGGCACCACCACCUGGAGAAGUGGAACAGGAAGAGGAAGUAACAUGAAGUCACAGCUCGCCGGAGUUACGGAUGAAGUCGAAUUUAACCAUCUGCUGUAAAGAGAGAAAAGGAUGUUCUGAACCCAAAAUGAUUUGUGUUGCACUUUUAUUGACCUCACAGAUUCCUACAGUACAGUUACUGUCUAACAUUAAACAUGCUGACAGCUCAGACCAGCAGCCGUGUGUCUCUGUGUACGAGCAGCAAAGCCUGAGCAGGAUGCCGAGGCUCCUCUGGACUACCAGCCGUACGCUCUGGUCCACACGGCUUUCUUCUUGAACUCUGCAGAGGACCUGAGUCCCAACAGAGCAGCUGAAAGGAACCACAGGAGAAAUCAGAUCAUUUUUCCAUCAUAUCCUGCCUGUAUGAACACUGAUGUUUGAGUAAACCUCUCUUCAAAUACCA